ACCUAUCUGUAUUAAUUUACAUUUUGUUUUCAUAUAAUGAUCUUUAUAAAUGAAAAAUAAAUGGAGCUAUUGCAAAAUAUGACCUUUCAUCCUAGGCUUGGUAAUUAACUGUGAGUUGUCCAUUUCAAUAGAAUAUGGUAUACCGACUUUCACCUUACUAAUAUAUAUUUCUUCUUAAUGUUUGGGUUCAGCAACAGAUUUUUCCUUCUUCAGCCUAUAAGAAUGGGAGAAGAAUCCCCCGAUCCACCAUUUCAAGAAAAAUAUAAAAACCUCUUCGACAGUUUGACUGAAGUAGAAUUAGCAAAGAGUUCUGAGGAGCUUUUAGUUGAUGAAUGCGAACUCCCACUGAUUGAUCUCAACAUGUUAAACCUCGGAGAUUCCGAGAGAGAAGCAUGCAAGAGACAGAUAGCUAAAGCUUCCCGAGAAUGGGGCUUUUUCCAAGUCGUAAACCACGGAAUUUCCAGCCAAGUAUUGGAGAAAAUGAGAACAGAACAAAUGAAGGCUUUUAAGAAGCCGUUUAAUGAGAAGACAAAUGGCAAUGAUCCCAAGUUCUCGAUGGGGAGUUAUACUUGGGGGACGCCAUCACCGAAUUACCUGAGGCAGCUGUCUUGGUCGGAAGCUUAUCAUGUGUCUUUGAGUGAUAUAUUGGGUUCUGGUGGCCUCUGCACACUCAGAUCAACAAUGGAACAAUUUGCGGCAAAAGUGUCUGAGCUAGCACAAAAGUUGGCAGAAAUUUUAGUGGAGAAAUUGGGUCAAAAUUACUCAACAUUCUUCAAAGAAACGUGUUUGCAAAGCACUUGUUUUAUUCGAAUGAACAGAUAUCCAACAUGCCCAAUUUCAACUCAAAUGUUUGGCCUAAUGCCACACACUGAUAGCGAUUUCCUCACAAUAUUGCACCAAGAUCACAUUGGAGGCUUGCAAUUAGUCAAAGAUGGGAAAUGGAUUGCUGUUAAACCCAAUCCACAGGCUCUCAUUAUCAACAUCGGAGAUUUAUUUCAGGUUUGGAGCAACAAUGUAUAUAAAAGCGUUCACCACCGGGUUGUGGCUAAUAAGCUACAGGAGAGGUUCUCGACUGCAUACUUCCUGUGUCCAUCUUAUGACACUGUUAUACAGAGCUGUGUUGAACCUUCCGCCUAUAGAAAAUUUAGCUUCAGAGAAUACAGACAACAAGUGCAAAACGAUGUCAAAUGUUUUGGCUAUAAAGUGGGACUUGCAAGGUUCCUUUUGUGAAAUAAUUAGAUCCUCGUUUGUAGAAUAUAGAUGUACACUUUUUUCAACGGAAGAAUUUACUGGAUCAUAAGUCUUUCACAUCAAAUUAGUGCACCAUAUCCUAUGUAAAAGGUAUAGAUAUCUUGUGUUCUUUGUCUUAGUGUUA